AAUGGCGUCUAAAUCUGACAUCGACGUGGAGCUUGGCUUAAAUGAAGAAAAAAAGAGCAAAGAUGAACUCCAUUUUCAAGAUUUUCCAUUGGAAGAAGAUGAAUUAGAUACAAGUGAUGGCCAAACACAUAAAUUUACAAAUUUUCCUCAUACAGCUGAUUCUGAUGAAGAUAUUUCAGACAAGUCUGAGUUAUUAAAAGAUGACAAGGCCAUCACCUCCUUUUGGAAGUUUGAGUAUUACCAACAGUUUUUUGAUGUUGAUUCUAAACAAGUGUUUCACAGAGUUGCUGGUUCUAUGUUACCCUUACCUAAUAGGAAUUAUUUAGUCACACACAUCAGACCCAAUCCAGAUCUCUAUGGACCAUUUUGGAUUUGUUUAACAUUAGUUUUUACCACAGCUAUAGCUGGAAAUCUGGCCAACUAUCUUCAAUCUGCUUCUGUUAAUUAUGUGUGGAAAUAUGAUUUUCAUAAAGUGUCCCUAGCUGCUACUGCUAUAUUUAGUUAUUGGUGGUUAAUACCAUUGUUUUUAUAUGGUAUACUGUGGUGGAGAGGCAACCAGACAUCAGUUCGAUAUACAUUCCUGGAGAUUAUUUGUGUCUAUGGUUAUUCUCUGGCUAUUUAUAUUCCAAUAUCAAUAUUAUGGGUAAUACAAGUGAACUGGUUACAAUGGAUACUAGUUAUAAUAGGAGCUGUAUUAUCUGGUAGUGUAUUGAUUAUAACAUUCUGGCCUGCUGUUAAAGAUGAUACCAAACAUGUGGCACUGACAAUUUUGGCAGUGAUAUUUAUUUUCCAUGCUGCUUUAGCCAUUGGUUUUGUGGUAAGUUUCCUCUGA